CCUUUUUUUUUUUUCUAACUCCGCAAACUAGUCUUAAUUUGAGGUCUUUAUGAGAGGACGUGGACAUUAAAAUGACUUAAAACCUGCAUUUAGACUGUAUUUUUUUUGGCCUAACAAAUUGUACGUAGCUAUAAAGACAUGUGGACCCACAUAGAGAAAUAGUCUUAGAGAAAGGGGAAUAAAAAGAAAGAGAGAAAAAAGGAGGACCUUUUCAUAUAUAGAAGGAGAGGAUAUGAAUUGGUGGUGAUCGUGGACUCUCUCAUUACCUUCUCUUUUCCCUUCAAAAAAAGCAAAAUAAAACAGAUUUUAAAUUUCCAGAUAUGCACUUGAUCACCCAGUUUUGCUUAGUGUGUGGCUCUCCUUUUCUUAUCCCUACCAAAGUUCUAACCAGCUUAUAUAUCGAGUGUAUAACUCAUUCAUCUCUUGAGAUAAGAAAAGAAAAAUAUCAAAAUAAAAGAAAAAAAUGACGAAUUGUGAAAACGGGCCCGGGACAGAACUCGAGUUACCUGAGUUGUUGAGCAGCGGCACGUUGAGAGCCCUUCAUGCGGCCAUCGAGGCCGAGUGGGAUCCGACCCGAAGGUCUGCCUGCCAGACGGCGGCCGGCCGAGCAUUGUGGCGGCGGGUGAUCAACGACCCUUUAGCCGAGCUUUUUGCAGGCGAGAGCCACCUCAGAGCCACACACGAGAAGAUCAAGAGGGACCGGCUCAACAAUGCACGGGAGAUUUCAGGGGUGAUUCUCGCCGUUCGGACACUUUGGUUCGACUCGAAACUCGAGGAGGCUCUGAGUUCGCCCGACGGUUGUGGGGCCCAGGUUGUUCUACUGGGUGCAGGAAUGGACGCACGGUCAUACCGCUUGAGCUGCUUGAAAGACAGUAACGUUUUCGAGCUCGACUUUCCCGAGAUUCUACAAGCAAAAGCCUCCAUAAUAGAAGUUGCAGCAGCAGCAGCAGCCAAUCACCAUCACCGUCCAAUCAUGACGGCCAAAUCACUGACACGAGUGGCAGCUGACCUGUCAGAAGACGAUUGGUUCGCAAAGCUCCAGACAUCAGGAUUCGAGCCCAAGAAAAGCACAAUCUGGAUUCUGGAGGGAAUACUCUAUUACCUCACGCAACUACACGCCAUCAAAAUACUAAAAACGAUAGCAGACAAAUGCAGCCUCACAAACACAGUGCUCCUGGCAGACUUCAUGAACGAGCAGGCAGCCUUGCUCUCGGGCCCCACCUUCCAUUUCCACUGUGACUGGCCGGAUCAGCUGCUGCCAUCCCUAGGGUUUUCCCUGGUCAAGCUUUCACAGAUUGGGGACCCGGAUGCAAAUUUCGGGCUUUUGCAGGACCCAUUAAGUCUAUUCAACAGGCUACGGGCCUUACCCAGAUCGACCAAGACUCACCCAGAAGAUGGGACACCAUGCAGCAGGCUUUAUUUGUUGCAGGCCUCUGGCUCACCAGAUCAAACUUAGUUCAAUCACAAGGUAUAAAAUACAAAAGUAGGCGGUGUUUUCUUAGUUAUGGUUAGAAGUUACAAACUCCAUCAUUCAUUUGUUUAAGCUCGAAAGAGGUCAAAGUAACAUCAUCAGACUUGGAGACAAUAUUUGAUAGCUUGCUCAAAGUCAUUUAGUGAAGAUAUUGUAUCUUUAAUGGCAUCAGCAAUUUUUUUCCUUUCAAAAAAUAAGAUAAGUUUCAAUUACGAACUCUUAGCCAGUUUCAGAGACUUUGCCAGAAUUAUCCUAUCCAGCACCUUUGUAUACCUGUUUGAAUUAAGCUGAUAGCCUCUUUCCCUUUUCCAUGCGGCCCAUGCCAUUAAGAGAAACAAAUGAUCUACAGUAAACCAAAGAAGACAUGAGCAGAAGAAAAAUGCUAGAGCAAGUCAGAGCCAUUAUCAGAACUGUCCUGAAGGAGAUAUACAUAUACAUAAUGAGAUCAUUCAGCUUGGAUUCAGCUUUGGAGUUGAUUGGAAUUUGGUCCCUAUCGGCAAGCGAAGAUGAAGCAUUGUUCACAAUCAGCCAGAACGUGCAGACCUAUAAGAUAGUAUUAAGAAUCACUAUAAGCAAAUGAAGUUAGAGCAUAAAUUUCUUCAUGUUAUCUCCAUUCACUCACCUCUUCUUCACCAAGCUGCUUUUGCUAUGUGGACACUGAUUCAAAUGCAAAAUAAAAUUAAAGACAUAUUGUGUGAACUAGAAAGGCUACCCCAACUUGCUAGUUCACACAAUAAAAUUAAAGACAUAUUGGGGUAGGCUUGGGUUUCAUCUCUAGCCUACC